AUCAUUUUUAUCCCAGUUCAUAAUGUUCCCGGAACUCAACAACCUUCUCAGCAUCACCCCAGACAGGACCGAGCAGGGGAAACUGACUCUCCUCUGUGACGCCAAGACAGACGGCAGCUUCCUUGUGCAUCACUUCCUGUCCUUCUACCUGAAAGCUAAUUGUAAAGUCUGCUUCGUGGCACUUGUCCAGUCUUUCAGCCAUUACAAUAUUGUGGGACAGAAACUGGGCGUCAGCUUGACCGCAGCGCGGGAGCGAGGGCAGCUUGUGUUCCUGGAGGGCCUCAAGUCCUCCGUGGAAGUCCUCUUCCACUCUCAGGAGGAGCCUCACCCCCUGCAGUUUCUCAGGGAGGCUGGUGCAGGGAACCUACAGUCGCUGUAUACGUUUAUACAGGACACCCUGAAGCCCGCGGACAGUGGGGAGUCGCCAUGGAAGUGCCCAGUCCUGUUGGUGGACAACCUCAGUGUGCUGCUGAGCCUGGGUGUGGGGGCAGUUGCCGUGCUGGAUUUCAUGCAGUACUGCAGGGCCACGGUGUGCUGCGAACUGAAGGGAAAUGUGGUAGCCCUCGUGCACGACACUGAAGGUGCUGAGGAUGAAGAGAAUAACAUCCUACUGAAUGGCCUCAGUCAUCAAAGUCACCUGAUCCUGCGGACUCAGGGCCUGGCCACCGGAUUCUGCAAGGACGUGCAUGGGCAGCUGAGCAUUCUCUGGAGGAGGUCGUCGCAGCCCACAGCCCAGCGGGCUCGAAGUCUCACUUACCAAUACAAGAUACAGGAUAAGAAUGUGUCCUUUUUUGCCAAAGGAAUGUCUCGUGCUGUUCUGUGACCUAAUUCCGGACAACCGAAGUGACUUUGGACAGCUGUGGGUGUGGAAGAUAAAGCACCCGGUGGAAUGCGCCCUCAGACCUUUGACUCACUCUUCAGGCUUCACCACAGCAGCCGUGACCCGGGACGAUGGUGCUGUGAGCACCUGCUUUGUCCCCAGGGCUCUGCUCAGGAAACACAGUGAGGAACUGCGUGAGGCUCCUGCUGAGAGAGACUGCAUGGUGAACCCCAGCAGAGCGGUCCUUUGGGGCAUCCCAUGUGACUUCGGCCUUACCUGCCUAUUUUUGGAGGUUGUGACAUUGAGAGCCACACUGUGGGCAGAAGGAGGCAGUCAGGAAGUUGCCUGAAUGGCAGCCAUACUGGCUGACGGCUAGGACCAUGAUGGGUGGAAUAAAGAAGGUUCCCACA